AAAUUAAUUAAAUCUUUUAACUAAAAAUACAAGCAAGAGGACCUUAAAUGCAAUAUAACGAGUGCUGGCAUAAGUGACGCCUUAAAAGCAGCUCACAGUCUUUACUUAAUAUAUACAAAAAAAAUUCAGUGAGUGGUGGUCAACGGUUGGUUGUGUUGUGGUGUCAAAUUAAUUGGUGGGUGGUGCGGUGGUCGGCAGGAAUGUACGGUUAAUAGAUCGCUCAGAGAAUUGUUGUUAAAUAGAAAUUCGCACUAAACAUACACAGAGAGUACACACCCAUACAAACAAACAAUUGACUUUGGGCCAAGUUCGGAGGCAAAGGUAGUAAGCACACACCUGUUUGUUUAUGGCGUCGCGUAAAAAUCGUUAAGUUAACAAGUUGCGUGCAUUUGUCAUCAGUUUACAUUUUUUGAUAAUAAUUCAGAAUCACAAUUUCCGCAAUUUACGAGAUUUUUCAACCGAAGAACUUCGUCCAUUCGAAUUCGUUGUGCGGCAUAUUAAGUGCCGGAAAUUAUUUAUGGCUUCGAAUGCACAGCUUGGUAAAUUAAUUUUAAUAAUUGCAAUUGCCGUUUUCUUCUAUUAUUUCUUUUGGGUGGCAAUUCUACCAUUUAUGCUGAUCGAUGAAGGAAAUCCCAUUCGCUCGUUCUUUCCGCCAUUGAAAUACGCCUUCAUAGUACCGACAGUAUUCGGAGUCAUCUUCCUGGGCGGCAUAGCCAUAUUCUCCUUUUAUCAUAUCUGGAGCUUCACCCAAAAAUCAACCUCGAAGACGAAGUGUGCUUAGAGGGCGGCGUAGCCGACUCACCAACCCGCAUCAUCA